AUGUCGACCAGCCCAGUUUCAAUUGCCAUUAUUGGCGCCGGCGGCGUUGGCAAAUGCUUCCUUAGCCAGCUCCAAGCACUGGCUGCUCGUCGACCCAACCCCAAGCUCAGCUUGGUCUAUAUCUCUACCAGCAAGAAGGCCCUCUUCAAGUCCGACUACUCGGCUAUCCCUAUCGACUCCGCCGUUCAGGAGCUCUCUGCAGCUAGCACUGCCCCUCUGGCCCUACCCAAGGUCAUCGAAUAUCUCGCGGCCGCUCCCUCCAAGGUCGUCCUAGUCGACAACACGAGCUCUCAGGAUGUUGCCGACAGCUAUCCGGCCUUCUUGCGCUCGGGAAUCAGCAUUGUGACCCCCAACAAGAAGGCAUUCUCUGGUUCCUACCAGUUGUGGCAAGAUAUCUUCAAUGCUGCCUCAACAUCGGGCGCCAAGGUCUACCACGAGUCUUCCGUUGGUGCAGGCCUCCCCGUCAUCUCGACUCUCAAGGACUUGGUAGACACUGGCGAUGAAGUGACCAAGAUUGAGGGUGUUUUCAGCGGAACCAUGUCCUUCCUCUUCAACUCCUUCGCCCCUCUGGAGGGCUCUGGCGGAAAGUGGUCUGCCGAGGUCAAGAAGGCCAAGGAGCUUGGUUACACCGAGCCAGACCCCAGAGAUGACCUGAACGGUCUUGAUGUUGCCAGAAAGCUGACCAUCCUGGCUCGUCUGGCCGGUCUCCCCGUCGAGUCUCCCACCUCUUUCCCCGUCCAGAGCUUGAUUCCUCAGGCUCUUGAGUCGGUAGCCAGUGGAGACGAGUUUCUUCAGCGUCUGCCAGAGUUCGACUCGGAGAUGGAGAGUGUCAAGACCACCGCCGAGAAGGAGGGCAAGGUUGUGCGUUUCGUCGGCAGCAUCGACGUAGCCACCAAGUCGGUCAAGGUCGGCCUGGAGAAGUUUGACCGGUCACACCCCAUUGCUGCUCUCAAGGGCAGUGACAACAUCAUCAGCUUCUACACUAAGAGAUAUGGCAGCAACCCAUUGAUCGUCCAAGGUGCUGGUGCUGGUGGCGAUGUGACCGCAAUGGGUGUGACUAGCGAUCUGCUCAAGGUCCUUUCUCAGAUCUAG